AUGAGACUGUCGAACGAUGGUAGCGACACGGUGACCGAGGAUAGAAGAGCGCGUCUUAUAAGUGAGCCAGUCGACGUCGUGGGUCAGAAGAAUGUGCAGGAGAAUUCAGAGGGGAGGAUGAAGGGGAAGGUAGAGGAGAAAUUGCAGGAUAAAAUAGAGGAGAAGAUGCAGGAUAAUAUAGUGGAAAAGGUGCAGGAGGAGGUGCAUGAGAUGGUGCUGGAGGGAGUGCGAGAUCAUUUGCAGGAGAAGCCGAUAGAAGCCCAAGUGGAGGUAAUGACGAGCAAAGCGGUGGAGAGUGGCGAGAAGCCGGUGGUUCAAGGUUCGCCUGCGGCUCAAGAGACGCCCGGGGGUCGAGAAAUACUGGAGCUUCCCUCCGAGGUGGUCAGGGCUUCUCACCAACCUCCUCAAACAAGCGACGACAAACAGAAACAGCAGGCGCAGCAGCAGCAACAGCAGCAGCAACAGGAGCAGGAGCAGCAGAAGCAGCAGCAGCAGCAGGAGUUGCAGCAGGAGCAGCAGGCUCCUCCAGUAAACCUCGAGGGAACUUCAGAGGAGAAAUUGCUGGAGCAGAGACGUCAGGUCAGGGCAGAAGCUUUGGAGAAGUCACCGCAGACGAUUUCCGUGGCUCUCGAAGUUAGGAGCACGCAGCAGACGGUUCUUAAAGAGCUCGUGAAACACUCGGAAGGAACGCCAGUGGAGGCACAGCCAGCACGGCAGGAAGUGAAAGUAAGAGAAGUAGCGGAAACAGCGGAAGCAACUACGGAAGCAUGGCGUCAGAAGAUUACUGUGAUACGUGAGCUCGAAAACACGCAGCAGCAGGAACAGAAGCAGGAGCUGAAGCAAGAGCAGGAGCAGCCGCCACAGCAGCAGGAGAAGCAGCGGCAGCAAGCUAUCCCGGAGAAUGCGGCGAUUGAGUCGCAAGCCCAGUCGACAGGUGAAGAGCGGCCGGAAAGGCCGGCUCGAAUCGCUGCGAAGCAACACGAGCAAGCGACGUUCGGUACGGAGCAGCAGGCGAGAACAGAGAAGCCACUUGCGGACGCGAACGCGCAGGACCGAAUAAGUGCGAAGUUUUUCCCGGAGCAGAAAUCGGGAGCAGGGAAGCUACAUGCAGCCUUUGAGGCGCCUCAAAAGUCGAACGCGCAGGACAGAAUAAGUGCAAAGUUUUUCCCGGAGCAGAAGCCGGGAGCAGGGAAGCUACAUGCAGCUGCGGACACGGAGGAGGAAAGCACAACGGAGCUGCUUCUCCCGGAUUCUGAUUGCUCCGAUACUGCGACGAAGCCGCUUGUAACGGGCAGUAAUCACGCGGGAAUAACGGAGCCGGCUUUGUUCUUCGAUGCUCCGCAAAACCCGCCGCGUUCCACGGUGAGCAACCAGGGAGAGGUUAGCAGCUCGCUGUUGAAACCGUACGCUCCCGAGAAGCCACUUGUAACGGUCAGCAAGCAGCCGCAGAAUGCGGCGGAACAUGCGGAACGUACCCAGCUGCAUCUGCUAUCCCGAGCCGCUACCCCGGAACGAUUCGGACGUUCCCAAAUCGCCCAGCCUUCCCACUUCAGUCAAGCCAUUCACACCGCCCAAGCUCCUCCCAUCAGUCAAACUGCCCAUAUCACCCAAACUAGUCACAUCAACCAAACUACGCACACCACCCAAGCCUUCCAAGCUAGCCACGUCAUCACUCAAGCUAGCCCCAUGAUCGCUCAAGUUAGCCCCACGAUCUCCCAAGCUAGCCCUCAGCGGUUCGGAUGGACGCCGCGGCCCAAGCCCGCGCGCAGCGCGUCCCCGGAUCCCUCAGACUUCGCCGACUACCGACGUCCGUCAGAAUUUAACGAUUUCCGUCGAUCCGCGGAGGUGACGUCGUCCGUCAGGGCGUCGGGAGAUUUGGCGGCUCCGUCGUGGAGGAACGGCGGCUCGGAUAAUGACGGGUGUUCUUUUAUCGGGGGGCUUGUACGCGCCCCGAGCGAGCGGACGGUUGGAUUCGCGCCGCUCGAGCCGAGGAGAAUGAGCCUUCCCGGAAAUUACCGGCCGGAAAGUUACCGGCCGCAGGAGACUUACCGGCCACAGGAGGCGCUUUCGCCGGCGAGGAACGACGGGCCGGCCAUGGGGUGGGUGGCCCGGCCGCGGGGGGCGAGGGGGAGUUUGGACGGGGGAGGCGCGGGAGGUGCGGGCGGAGCGGAGAGGCGCACGCGGAGUGUUGCAAGCAGCGGGGAAGGAAGGGGAAGGAUGUAUGGCGGAAGCGCAGUCGCAAGCGCGGAAGGGAGGCUCGGAUUCGGCGCAGGCGGAGGGGGGAUCGGCGGAGGGUUUUCCGCGGAAGGGAGGAGCGCGUAUUUCCCCGACGCGAAAGCGGGGGCGUACGGCGCGGGGGGAGGAUAUGGCGCUGGGGGGGAAGGAAUCGGCGCGGGGGUCAGCGCGGGGGUCAGUGCGGGGUUCAGCGCGGGCGGCGGAAGCAGCGGAAUCAGCGGAGGGGCGGAGUUCAGCAGCAGUGCGCUGAUUGGUGUGGCGCAUGGGCCGCAGCCUGUGACUGUAGCGGUGAACAUUCGACCGCUUAUAUCGAGGGAGCUUACAACGAGGUGUAUGGAGUGCGUCACUGUUCCCCCUGGAGGCGCGCCGCAGGUGUGUAUGGGCGAUGAAAGAUAUGUAUGCGGAACGAUUCGGUGCAGAGCGGUUGAGAAUGGUGACACGGAGAGAGGUGCAUGGCGGUCCAAGUGGGUGCCUGGCUGGUUCUCCACAUUACUGCUUCAUCUGGAAUGUUAUAUAUGUCGUGGGUGCGGUGGUGAGACCAUGUCCUCUUGUGCUCCACAUUACUGCUUCAUCUUCCCUUGGCUUUACCUCUCCACCACGUGCCUCUCCACCACGUGCCUCUCCACCACGUGCCUCCCCACCACGUGCCUCCCCACCACGUGCCUCCCCACCACGUGCCUCUCCACCACGUGCCUCCCCACCACGUGCCUCCCCACCACGUGCCUCCCCACCACGUGCCUCUCCACCACGUGCCUCCCCACCACGUGCCUCCCCACCACGUGCCUCCCCACCACGUGCCUCCCCACCACGUGCCUCCCCACCACGUGCCUCCCCACCACGUGCCUCCCUACCCCGUGCCUCCCCACCUCUUCCCCCCAAUCACAGGUCCGAGUGCUGCCAGAUUGGCUAUUCACGUACGACCACAUGUACGGUGGGGGCGGUGGUCGCCCCAUGCCUACUUGCGCCUUACCUCUGCAUCACCUGCCAUCCUUUCCCCGACAUCACAGGUCCGGGUGCUGCCGGAUCUCCACCCCAAUCACAGGUCCGGGUGCUGCCGGAUUGGCAAUUCACGUCCGAGUGCUACCGGAUUGGCUAUUCACAUACGACCAUGUAUACGGAGGUGGCGGUGGGCGGCCCAUGUCGUUUCUGUUUGACGACUGCAUUGAGCCGCUGGUGCUGGGGCUGUUCGAGGGGUACAACGCCACUGUGUUCGCAUAUGGGCAGACCGGGUCAGGGAAAACCUACACAAUGGGGACGGCGGUGCAGGGCGGCAUGUAUGGGGAUGUGGACGGCUGUGGGCCGUCCGCGGUGGAAAAGCAGGGCGGCGUGACUCGGCGCGUAGUGGACACACUGUUCACGCGUGUGGAGCAGCUGAGUGGCUUGGCGCGCUUCCAGAUCCGAGUGGCGCUCAUAGAGAUCCACAAGGACGACAUUCGCGACCUGCUGGAAUUGACCAGUCUGGGGGCGGGGGGAGGGGCGAACAUAUACCCACACUCUGCUGCUUCCCGAGCCAUCAUGAGCAGCGGGCCGAGCCGGCAGCCAAUUAGCAUCCGCGAGACGGCGGGCGGCAUCACCCUGGCGGGGGUGACGGAGCAGGUGGUUCACUCGAGGGAGGAGGCGAUCGCAUGCCUUGAGGACGGGCUGUUGUUUCGCGCCACUGGCGGACACAACCUGAAUGCGAGAUCCAGGAGCCUCGAAAAUCAACUGGAGGGGAGAGCGGGGAGGGGCAUCAGCCUGGCGGGGGUGACGGAGCAGGUGGUGCGCUCGAGGGAGGAGGCGAUCGCAUGCCUCGAGGACGGGCUGUUGUUCCGAGCAACCGGGGGUCACAACCUGAAUGCACGGUCCAGUCGUUCCCAUGCCAUCUUCACGAUAUUCAUCGACAUGUUCCGCCCCCGAGGGGGGGGCAUGGGCGCGCGGUCAGGGGGAGGGGGGAGGGGGCGCGCGGACGAGGAGCAUCUGUGCGCCAAGAUGCAUCUGGUGGACCUGGCUGGGUCGGAGCGGAUCAAGAGGACGCACGCUGAGGGGGUGCGCAUGCAGGAAGGCAUCCACAUCAACCGAGGACUAUUGGCACUUGGUAAUGUUAUCAGUGCGCUGAGCAGCAUGGAUAAGGACGACCGGCGCAAGCAACCCUUGACCACCAACCCUCCCUCCCCUACCCCUCUUCACCGCAUCCACAUCAACCGUGGGCUACUGGCACUGGGGAAUGUUAUCAGCGCGCUGAGCAGCAAGGAUAAAGACGACCGGCGCAAGAGGGAGGGCAAGGGCGGCUGGCCGUCCGGCCCCACGCACGUGCCGUACCGCGACAGCAAGCUGACAAGGCUGCUACAGGACUCGCUGGGCGGCAACAGCCGGACCGUCAUGAUUGCAUGUGUGAGUCCAUCGGACAGCAACAUAGACGAGACAAUCAACACGCUCAAGUACGCCAACCGGGCGCGCAACAUCUGCAACAAGCCCACCGUCAACCGCUUAGGAGAAAUCGACGCCGAGGAGGUCCGCCGUCUCCGCCAGCAGAUCGGCCUGCUACAGUCCGAACUCGCCCGCGCCUCCUCCGCCGCCUCUGCCGCCCACAAUGAUGACGAGGUACAGCAGCUGCAGCAGCGCGUUGAUUGGCUGGAGUCGAGUAACGGGAAGCUGAGGCAGGGUUUGGCUGAGGCUCAGCAGGCGUUGUCAGUGCAAGAGCAGAAGGCGGCUGAUGCUGAGGGGACUUGUGUGCGGUUGAGGAGGGAGAUGGCGGCGGCGAUUACGGCGCUGGAUCAGGAACGGUCCGAGGCUGCGCUGCUCCGGCGCCGAGCCGAGGAGAGUGGUUCGGCGGGGGAGGGUGGGAGGGGUGGGGUGGAUUCGGCGGAGGUGGCGAGGCUGAGGGAGCGGGUUGCCGAAGCUGAGGCGAAGGCUCGGAGGGAGGCGGAGAGGGCGGAGGAGGUGGAGGUUCGGGCCGAGUCGGAGAGGCAGCGGGCUGACGGAGCUGAGGAGGAGGCUCGGCAGGCUGUGGCUCGGGCGGAAGAGGCCGAAGCUCUGGCUUGGGAACUGAAGGUCCAGGCGGCAGCAGCUACGGCCCGAUCCGAGUCAGACUCGGGGAACCUUGCCGAAGCUCAGGCCGGGUGGGAGAAGCAAAUGGAUUCGUUACGGGAAGCAGCGGCUGCUGAAGGGGUGAAACGGGCGGUGUUAGAAGCAAGGCUGGAGCAGCUGCAGGAGGAGUGUGAGGGGCUGAGGAGGAGGGUGGAGGAGGAGAGAGUGAGGGCAAAGAGCGCUGAAGCUGCUCUUGCAGUGGAGAGAGGGAGAGGGGAGAGGGAUGUGGAGGUGGGACGUUUGACAGCAGAGGUAGAGGUGACUAAACUGCAAGCGGAGGUGAGUAUAUUGAAGCAGCAGGCGGCAGCAGAGGCGGGGAAAGCAGCGGAAGCAGUGGCAGCGGCAAAAGAAGCGAGGGAAGAUCUGCAGGUGUUCAGACAGGAUGUGCAUGUGCUGUCGCAGCGACUAUCCUGUGCUGAGGAUGCUCUUAAAGAGGAAGAAGCUAAGUCUAUGGAGCUUGAGUUAGAGGUAGCGAGGCUGAAAGCAGAUAUUGCUGCUGCCGAAGCUGUGGCAGGCGUGGCUAAAAAGAGGGUGGACGAAGCCGAAGCUGAGGUUCGGCGGGCCCGAGCCGAAGAGUUUAGAGGGGGAGAGGAGGGACAGGAGGGUGUGCCUAGGGAGGAGGGGGAGGAGGGGGAGGAGGGGGAGGAGGGGGAGGAGGGGGAGGAGGGGGAGGAGGGGGGAGGAGGGGGAGGAGGGGGAGGAGGGGGAGGAGGGGGAGGAGGGGGAGGAGGGGGAGGAGGGGGAGGAGGCGAUGGAGGAGGGAGAGCCAGGCUCGGGCUUACAGAAAGCUGUUCGGGUGGUGAAGUCUCUGCAGGGCAGGAGAAUACAGCGAGAAAUGAGGAGGGAGCGGAGAAAAAGAGAGGAGAAGAGGGAGGAGAGGGAAGAAAGAGCAGCACUGGAGAGGAUGAGGAUGAGAGGGUGUGGGUGGAAGAAGUUAGAAAGGCCCUCACAGCAGCUCACGAGCAGGAUAUGAAGGAGGUCAAGAGAGAGAUAGAGGCACUCGAGAAGAGAGUGGGAGAAGCUAAGAGAGACGCAGAAGACGCUAGGCUUCAGCUGGUGCAGGCUCGGCGCAGCCUGCAGGAGGCUCGGGAAGAGGCGGAGCAGGCUCGGAGGCAGUCGGAGGAGGCUCGGGGGGAGCUGGAGGAGGUUCGGGCGAAGGCUGAGUGGGGUGAGAAGGGGAGGGAGGUUCUUGAGAGGGAGGUGGAGGAAGGGAGAGAGAAGGUGAAUGAAAUGGUGAAGGAAAUGGAAAGAGUUUCGAGUGAGGUGAAAGUGGGGAAAGGGAGAGAGGAGGAGGCGGAGAGGAGGAGAGUGGAGGUGGAAAGGGAGAUGGAGAGGGUGAGAGAGCGGUUGGAAGCGGUAGAGGCAGAGAGAGAGGCACUGAGAGGGGUGGCUGAGGAGGUGGAGAGGGAGAAAGAGGAGGCGGAGAGGAGGAGGGAGGAGAUGGAGAGGAGGGAAAGGGAAAUGGAGGAGAAGGUGGAGGAGGCAGAGAGUAGGGUGAAGGGGUUGAGAGAGGAGGUAGAGGAGCAGAGGCGCGAGUUGGCAGUGAGGGAGGAGGAGAUAGGGGAGGUGAGGCGGGAGUUAGAGGCGAAGGAGGAGGAGGUGGGGGAGGUGAUGGAGAGGCGAGUAGCGGCAGAGAAGCAGGCCGCUAUGGAGGUGGAACAGGCUGAGAGGGUGGCGGCGCAACUCCAGUCGCUGCUGGAGCUCCUUGGAUCAGCCACGUUCCUGGCUUUGCCGUCAGAGGAGCUACUGGGGGAGCUGGCCGUUAAGUACCCGCAGCUGGAGCACCUGCUACUGCUCAUGGACGCCCAAGGCAUGGCCGGGAUGCCCCUGGGUGGUGGUGCUGCUGCUGCUGCUGCUGCUGCUGAUGGUGGUGUUGCCGGUGGUGCUGGUGCUGGUGAUGGUGGUGAAUCGGAUAUGGGCUUGUCAGGGGCGAGUUCCCCGUCUGCCUCGCCCUAUCGCUACACUGUGUCUCACCUCUCCUCCUCCCACUCUCACUCCCCCGUCUCUGGGCCCCUAGAAGGGCCGGAGGGGGCGGAGGAGGGUGAGAAGGAUGAGCGGGGUGAGGAGGGUGGUGAGGGUGGUCAUGGUGAUGGUGAUGGUGAUGGUGAUGGUGAUGGGGAGAUGCAAGUAGCUCUUUUGGAUGGGAAACGUCAGGAGGAAGACGGACUCGCUUUGGUGCCAGCAGCAGCAGCAGCAGCAGCAGCAGAGGGAGAACUGGCGCUAACGAAUGGUGCUACUAUUGGGGAGGAGAGUUGUCAGCUCGCUAUAGUGCCAGCGCCUGCAGAUGAAGCACUGUAUCUGGUUACAACCGCCAGUGGCAACCACCUUGAUGGGUCUUCGCCCACAGAG